AUGGGCCUCCUCGAGAGCCAUUUGGAGCAGAUCUCCCUCUCUGCAGCUGCCAUCGCAGAUCUCCCCUUUCCCCCUCCCAAAAUCUUUGCAAACGCCAUGCUAAAAACCAACGACAUAACCUCCCUCAUCCGAGACACAGAACCCCACGAACGAGCCCUCUUCUCCAUCGACCCCUUUUCUAACAAAAGCAACUCCUCAAGACACUGCCAACGAAGAGCCACGAGAAGAGCCACAGCUUUCACCGGCAGUGAAAUUCGCACCGCAGCAAUGGGACCAGCAGGCGACGGCGGAGACUCCAUGGCCAGCCGCAUCUACGCCGCGAAACACAAUAAGAGCCACUUUGCCGUUGCCCAGGUGCUGGGCGGUGAGAUGCUGGAUGAGAUUAAGAAGACAACUGGAGCCAACACGGGUGAGAUCAAUGUUGACGUUUUGCUGCGGGGGGCGGAGAUGCUGUGCAAUGUAUAUCCCAUCGCCGGCGCCAAAGAGCGAAUCUCCUCCCUCCGCCAGCGCCACGUCAACAUCUCAGACUCCAUCGCCCUCCUGGAAGCGCGCAUUGCAGAGCAAUCUGCACAGUUGAAGCGGAUGAAUAGAUCGCAGCAGUCAUAUUCUGCCUCCAAUUACAACGACGACUCUGAGUAUGACAUGGCGCAAUCUGCGGUUGAUACUGCCAUCCCGGUCGUCACGGACGAAGACUUGCGGCGGGAGAUGGCUGAGAUUUGCGAGCUGGAGGAGCGGAAGCGUAGGCUGGAAGAGCGGGUGGAGGGGAUGGAGAGGGAUUUGGGUGGGCUUAUGAGGUGA